AUGAAUCCAUCCGGACUGCUUUUCCGGCGCUGUACCGGCAGGGUACAGGCGCCCUUUCGACAAAAACGAUGGGCUCAGGUAUCCGAUGUGCGAUUCUACGCAGCACAACAGGAUCCAACGGAAAAGUACCGUGAAGCAUUGGAGAGGAAGGCGAAAGAGAAGGGCCUCAAGGACGCAGAAGAGCUGAGACGGGCAUAUGCAGACCGCAUCACAGCGUUGCGGAAGGAGGCCGUGGUCCCUGGUAUGAAUGCUCCCAUCAACGGACAGACACAAGCAGCACCGCCAGCCCCGGAGAACGCAUCGCAAAGCGUGCCUUACCAACCGCCACCUCCCCCUCAGCCGCAAAAGUCAGCAUCCAGUAUCCCCAAAGGUGAUGCGCCUGUCAAGACUCUUUCCAGCUUUAUCGAUGUGGAAAAGACGGCAGAAUUGCCGCACAAAGAAAUCGAGACCAUAUGGCGGCUGAGACACGUGCGGGAUGCUCAGAGCUUGUGUGCUGUUAUGCAGUCGGAUACUUGGAACCGCAUCGCUUCGAACGCUCGGAAACAUCCACAAUUCAUCCUGCCGAUCCCUCGAGAAGGCCAAGGUGCAGAGAUACAUUUCUUGCAGUGGACAUUCCCUACAGAAACGACGACAACCGUCCUCUUCACCCAUUUGGCCGAGUUUAAGCUGCGUGGGGAGUAUGYGCAACCGCAUACCGUCGUCACGCAUCACCUCGAUCUGCUCAACAAGGGCAUCGUCUUGAUGGAGGGACGCGUGCAGGAGAACCGCGGUGUCAGUGUCGACGAGGGCAAGUUCUUGCUCAUGACGCUGCAGAAGUUUUAUGGAUUCGAAGCUCUGAGUGGCAUUGCGAGAGAAAGUGCAGCGAAGAGGAGCCAGCUGAUGCAGCAGUUCAGUGGUGGAGAUGCGAGCUUCAAGGUGGAAGACCUCCUGGAAGAGGCAGAGAAGGUACCGUGA